AUGAACACGCAGGCAAAUAUACUGAUCGACAAAGGAGGCCAUGCGAGAUUAAUCGACUUUGGUCUCUCCACCAUCACACAACCCCUUAUCGACCAGUCCCACUUGGCCGCGACAUCCAUACGUCCAGGCGCAAUCCGCUAUGCAGCACCAGAACUCGUUCUACCAGACAAUACCCGUGAGCUACCAGUGCCUCUAGAAAAAGCUGAUAUAUACUCUUUUGGUUGCAUAAUGCUUCAAGUUCUCUUGGGUCGGCGUCCUUGGUCUGAGAUCCCGUCAGAAGCGUUCAUCAUCGUUAGCAUCUCGCAUGGUCAUGGACCGCAACGUCCUGAUGGUCAACCUACCAUAAUAGACUCUGAUUGGAAAUUCAUCCAAAAAUGUCUGCAAUCCGAACCCGAACUUCGGCCUUCGGCAGAUGAAGUGCUUGACUUUGUCAUGCAUAGGUUUUCCUCUCCAGGUAAUUCUACGUAUUUCAUGCUUUCCAACCAUCCACUUACAAGAGCUUCAAGACCCUUGUCACGGCAGUGGACCACCUGA